GGCUCCUCCUGCUUGGCGGCUCCGGGCGCGUCGGAGCGGCGUCCACGGGGCACCGGGGGGGGGGCGGAGGAAAAGUUGCCCGAGGCGGCGGCGGCGGCGGCGGCCUGAGUGGAAAGAUGGCCAUGGCCCACCUAAGGUAUGUGCUCCAAGCAGCAGCAGCGGCUCGACAAUUACCCAGCUCAGGACGAAGGCUCCGCUUCUUCACUAGUGGUGCUGGCCUGACUACGGAGAGGAAUGUCCCGUACCAGAAGACGCUGAAGGAAGAGGGCCACUCCUCUUGUGAAGGGCCUACAAAGCCCCUCCCUGCCUCCGCAGAUGUGGUGGUGGUGGGUGGGGGUAGCCUCGGAUGCCAGACAAUCUACCAUCUUGCCAAGAUGGGCAUGACCAAUGUGGUCUUGCUUGAAAGGGAUCGUUUGACCUCAGGGACCACUUGGCACACUGCAGGGCUCUUGUGGCAGUUGCGCCCGAGUGAUGUGGAGGUGGAGCUCUUGACUCACACCCGCAAUGUGGUCAGCUGGGAGCUGGAGGAAGAGACGGGCCUUCACACGGGCUGGAUCCAAAACGGAGGACUCUUCAUUGCUUCCAACAAGCAGAGGCUGGACGAGUACAAGAGACUCAUGUCGCUGGGCAAAGUUUUUGGCAUUGAAUCGCAUGUCCUGUCUCCAGAGGAGACCAAAGAGCUCUACCCCUUGAUGAAUGUGGAUGACCUCUACGGAACUCUCUACGUCCCGGAGGAUGGCACAAUGGAUCCUGCAGGGACCUGCACGUGUCUCACUCGGGCAGCCAGCAACCGCGGGGCUCUGGUGUGUGGGCCCAAGCCCUGGGGGAAAUGGCUGGCGUCCAGGUGCCCCUGGUGGCCAUGCACCAUGCCUAUGUGGUGACAGAGAAGAUCGAGGGGAUUCAGAACAUGCCGAAUGUUCGAGACCACGAUGCCUCCGUGUAUUUGCGUCUCCAAGGUGAUGCCCUUUCUGUGGGUGGCUAUGAGUCAAACCCCGUCUUCUGCGAGGAGGUGUUGGACGAUUUUGCUUUUGGUCUCUUCAAUCUGGACUGGGAUAUAUUUACACAGCAUAUUGAUGGUGCUAUCAACCGAGUCCCAGUCCUAGAGCAAACUGGCAUUAAAUCAACUGUCUGUGGACCAGAAUCCUUCACUGCAGACCAUAAACCUCUCUUAGGGGAAGCGCCAGAAGUCCGCGGCUUUUUCCUGGGAUGUGGCUUCAACAGUGCCGGAAUGAUGCUCGGAGGAGGCUGUGGGAAGGAACUGGCCCACUGGAUUGUCCACGGACAUCCGGAGAUGGACAUGUUCAGCUAUGACAUUAGGAGGUUUCACCGGUUCCUUACCGGCAACAGCCGCUGGAUCCGAGAGAGGAGCCAUGAGUCCUACGCCAAGAACUACUCCAUCGUGUUCCCCUACGAUGAGCCCCUGGCCGGGCGGAACUUGAGGAAGGACCCUCUGUAUGAGGAGCUGCUGCUUCAGGGCUGCGUCUUCCAGGAGCGACACGGCUGGGAGAGGCCAGGCUGGUUCAACCCGGUGGGCACAGCGCCGGUGGCAGACUACAACUAUUACGGGGCUUAUGGCCACCCGCCCUGUGAGGAGGAUGCCUAUCGCCGGCUGCUCUCCGAGGAGUACACCUUCGACUUCCCUCCUCAUCACAGCACUAUCCGGAAGGAAUGCUUGAGCUGCCGAAAUGCUCUGGCAGUCUUUGACAUGUCUUACUUUGGCAAAUUCUACCUGCUGGGUCCAGAUGCCAGGAAGGCUGCCGAUUGGCUCUUCACGGCCGAUGUUCGCAAGCCCCCAGGAACCACCGUUUACACCUGCAUGCUGAACAAAAACGGGGGAGUGGAAAGCGAUUUGACUGUGAGUCCGAUCGACCCUGGGCCCCAAGACUCAGCACUGGCUCCUGCCUUUGAAGGGGAUGGCUAUUAUCUGGCUAUUGGGGGCGCUGCUGCCCAGUACAACUGGUCACAUAUCAGGACGGUGCUGCAGGAGAAACACUUUCAGUGCCAGUUGAUUGACAGGUCGGAAGAGCUGGGCAUGAUCAGCAUUCAAGGCCCUGCCAGCCGAACUGUCCUGCAGGAAGUUCUCGAUGUGGACCUGAGCAAUGAGGCCUUCCCAUUCUCCACCCAUCAGCUGGCCAAGGCUGCUGGCUGCCUGGUGCGGGCCAUGAGGCUGUCGUUUGUGGGCGAGAUGGGCUGGGAGCUGCAUGUGCCCCGGGAGCACUGCCUGAGAGUCUACCGGGCGGUCAUGGAAGCCGGGGCCAAGCACGGCAUUGCCAACGCCGGAUACAGAGCCAUCGACUCCCUCAGCAUCGAGAAAGGUUAUCGGCACUGGCACGCAGAUCUCCGCUCAGACGAUAGUCCCCUGGAAGCCGGCCUGGCCUUCACCUGCAAGCUGAAGUCGGAGGUGGCUUUCCUGGGACGGGAGGCAGUUGAGGCUCAGAAGGGUGCUGGUCUCUUCCGUCGCCUGGCCUGUUUCACCAUCGACGAGAAAGUCCCCCUCUUUGGCUUGGAGGCCAUUUGGCGCUGCGGCCAGGUUGUGGGGCACAUCCGAAGGGCAGACUUUGGACACGCUAUCAACAAAACGAUUGCCUAUGGUUACAUCCGAGAUCCUGAAGGAGGGCCGGUCUCCCUUGAGUAUAUAAAAAGCGGGGACUACAUUUUGGAGAGGAUGGGAGUUCCUUUUCCAGCCCAAGUCCACACCAAAUCGCCUUUUGAUCCAGAGAACAAGAGAGUGAAGGGGAUCUACUGAAUUUGUUGAACGGACGGGCACCCAACGUUAAUGGCUCAAGGCAACGUUAAUGGCUCAAGAAAAGUCCUGGGGCGGAGGGUGUGGGAAAAAUGAAUUUCCUCUUUGGGAGACUUAACCAGGAAGUCCAGUUAACCAGGAAGGGCAACAUGCUUUAUUAACCGUCUUGCCCCCAUUUUAGGCCACUUGGUCCUUCUGACAUAAUUAUAAUAAAAAGGACAAAUCAUCACAGUUUUUUAAAAUUCAGAAACUGAUUGUUAGCAUCUAGCUUUAAAUAAAAUAAAUAUUUCCCAUGAUAAUGUGUUUUCUUUGCUGAUUAUAUUGUCACAAGUAGAGCAUGACUUAGCUUUUCUCUGAGUCCAUGUUGGCACUUUCCUUAAGCAUCUUAUCAAACGUAAGUUUUCUUUUCAGUCCAGCUCACUUCAGUCCACUUCAUGUUAGGUUCCUUGACAAGAAGAUGUUGUUACCUCUUUGGGGCUGUUGGUAUUUCCUGGGGUCUUCCUCCUGAGUGCCUGAAGAACCCAGAGAAGGUCAGCCUCCACCUUCAAAGCUUCCGACCGAAACGGGAUAUUAUUGCUGAUCUGAAUCUUUUCCAAAAUCCACCCAUAUCUUAUUCCCUGCAAAUGCUUCAGUACCUUUCCCUGACAAGGGGAAAGUAGAAGGUAUUUUAUGAGCCAGAACCCAAAAUGCAGCCAAUGCUUUUCCAGUCUGAUUCUCGCCCUUCCACCCUGUCUUGCAUUUUGGGGUGUGUAUAUGUGUGUAUCUUCUUUGGGCCAACCCACAAGCCCAGCUAAUUCCAAGGGCAGAUCCCAUGAAGGCCGGUGUGGAAGCGGCACACCUUGUGGAAACAGUGAACGACCGGCCUACGGUGCCUCUGCCAGCGAAAACGGAGCUCGGGGUGGGGGGUUUGCAGGAGACCGUUGCAGCCGGAAACAGAGCUCAGGAGCCCAUUUUCAUUGGCAGAGUGCUCAGGCCUCCACAGGCACCUUUGACACGAGUGACGUU